AGAGGCGAUCACAGUUAUUAUGGCAGUAUAAAUACCGAGGACUCGCCUCCGUUUGUAAUUUUCAAACACUUCUUGGCGGGGGAGGUCGACAAUAGUCUCCUGGCUCUGUCAAAGUACUGCAAGAGAGAGAUAGAGAAAGAGAGUGGGCUAACUGUGACGAACCGACGGGCCACUUGCUUCCUACGGGGAUUAUAGGAUGGUAAUCAGGGUAUACAUCGCCUCUUCCUCCGGGUCUGUCGCGGUGAAAAAGAGGCAGCAGGCGAUCGUGGGCUUCCUGGAGGCGAACCGGAUCUCGUUUGAGGAAGUAGACAUCACCAUGCUGGAGAACGAGAGGCAGUGGAUGUACCGGAACAUUCCGCAGGAGAAGCACCCUGAGAAGGGCAACCCCAUGCCCCCGCAGAUCUUUAACGGACAGGAGUACUGUGGGGACUAUGAGGAUUUCUUCCAAUCGAAGGAGAAUAACACUGUGUUUUCAUUCCUGGGACUCAACUCCCACCCCUCAGUGAAGGAAUCCGAAUCAUAAGCGUUGCCAUGGAAGAGUGUGUGGAUAGAAUUGUGCCGCAUCACUUCCUGUUUCGGGGGAUCUCACCCAGACCACACUGAAGCCUUGCCAAAUGAUGAUGCUGUCCACACACGCACACACACACACACGCACACACGCAGACACAUACACACAGACACUUACGCAGACACAUAUACACACACACAUACGCAUAUACACACACACACACACACACACACACACACACACACACACACACACACACACACACACACACACACACAGACAGACAACUGCGGCAACAGAGGAGUUUGGCCCUCAACAAUAGACACUUAUCUUUUUUUGUCUUUUGUAUAACUUGUAUACUUGUGACCGGUGGGAUGUAGCUGAUAUUAUCUAUGCUCAAAUAUUAGACUAUAAUGUGGCUUCAGAGAGGGGAAUAGGAUGACGUGUGUGUGUGUGUGUGUGGUCGUGUGGUCAAGUUUAGAAUUCUAUCUGUUUCACUGACAAACAGAAUAUAUGAUUAACCUGCCGUGCAGGUCUCUGUUUGAAUGUGUCCGCGUGUCUGUCCACACACACACACACACCCGGACACUAACAAACACACAACGCUUUGUGUGUGUGGGUGUGUGAGUGAGAGAGAGAGUGUGUGUGAUAGAUUUUAUCUGGGUUCAAUGAGGGUCAAGUCUAGAGUGAUGAUAAGUAAGGCAUGAAGACCUCCAUGUUUUGUCGUGUUGUUUUCGAUGUCACUCUCUAACUGUUAAUGUCAGAUAUGCCGUUACGUUCCAGGAACUGUGAAGUGAUGAAUAUUGUGUCCCCUCGCUUUACUCCGAAAGGCCUUGUCAAGAAUGACUGAAAUGAUUGACAGCCUUAAAUCUCUGUAUACUGUAUCUCUCCUCUCUCGUUCCUUCUGCCUCUUCUUUUUUGUAAAUAUUUGUCUGAACUACAUCCAUUUUCGUGCUGUGUGUCUGCUGUCUGUCUUUGCUUGCCUGUCAUUAGUGUUGAAAUUGAAGAAUUUAUUUUCCUCUUUUAACUCUCUUCUUAGUGGUUCUUUUUUUUUCUCUCUCUCUCUCUCUCUCUCAGGCGGUUAAUCACAUGUAGCAUGAAACACUAUAGUUUGGACAUUAUUUGGACAUCUGCUUUGUCUGCCCCCUCCCACCCCCACAACACACACACUCACACACGCAUAUUCACUCACCUUAUGUGGAUUAAACGGGUGGUUUUUCCUGGAUGGAAUAGGAGUCACAUGUUCUUUGACCUCAGAUUAGUGUGGCAGACAGAGUCACUGCUUUCCAUUAUAUGUCCCCAUCUCUCUCUCACUCUGCUCCCCCUCUCUCUCUCUAUUUCUCUCUCCCUACCUACCCCCUCUCUCUCCAUCUGUCCCCCCACUCUUUAUCCCUAUUCAUUCUUUACUUCCAUCUCUCUUUUAUUCUUUUCAUCUCAUCGCUACUUCCAUCCCUUCCACCCUUCUGUGAUCCUCUCGGCCUUUCUCUCUCUCUCUCUCUCUCUCUGUUUUUCUCUUAUUAAAUUAUCAUGGGUGGAUGAGCUCCUCAUUCAUGUUUGCACUUGACUGACACACACAUACAGAACUCUCCCUCGUCAUCUCUCUCUCUCUCUCUAUCCCUCUAUUCCUAUUCCUUCAUCUCAAAGGCAGUCGCUCUCUCUCUCUCUCUCUCUCUCUCUCACUCCCUCUGUAGAGCUUUCACCCCUCUCUCACUCCCUGCCCCUUUAUGUCUCUUUCUUUUCCUGUCUUCAUGUCUCUCUCCCUUCCUCUCUCUCUUAUCUCUUCUACCCAUCCAGCCUUUCCAUCAUACUCCUCUUUUCUUCCUCACUGUUAAACUGCAGAUUAGCCAAACGCCCCCUGGUGGCCACUGACCGUCAUGCUGAUUAAGAUGCAAACUAUUUUUCAUCACAGAAGAAGUAUGAAAUAUUGGAUUGUUUUGUAAAUAAACAGUAUAUGCCUGUC